AAGUUUCUGCACUCCUACCUCUGUUGUGAAUCCACCAACAACAAUGGAUCCAGCUUUGUCCCGGGACGAUAUAGAGUCCAAGACCAAGGAUGCUGCAGCUGUGCAAGCGAACUUGCUUAGUCAGAUGAUGGAGCUCAACGGCGAGACCGAGUACCUGCGAAGGUAUGGAGGCCGCUUCGACAGCCUUCUCAUCAUCGAAUACCACGACGUUGCAGACGACAUCCAGCGCAUUGCCAAUGGCGACACUUCUCCCAUUCUUACUGCCGAGCCAGUCGUCCGUUUCUUCACGAGGUACGCUGCGACAACGUUCUUGUGAUGAGUCCAAUCUCGUGCUUUUUUCCACGAA